AUGGAAGAAAAGCUACAGAAGAUGGAGGAAGAUAUGGAAUCUUGGUCAGAAGCAGAGAAACCCUCCCGAUGCAAAGCCACUGGCUCAAGUAAUCAGGAGGAGGACUACGUCGAGAUCACGCUCGAGAUACGAGACGAGAGCAUCGGCACAUUGAAGCCGAUGGCGACUCUUCGGUCGGUUGUUUCGGGAAGGCUAAAAACAAUGGUUAAGUCGUUGUCGUUUGCUUCACGCCGGCUCGACCGGAGUGAGUCCGGUGCUAUGUUUGCUCUUAGAGGUUUAAGGUUCAUAACCAAAAACGACGCCGUUGGUAGAGGUUGGGAUGAAGUUGAGAAAAGAUUCAGUGAGUUGGCCGUUGAAGGGAAGCUCCCAAAAUCCAAAUUUGGACAUUGCAUAGGAAUGGAUGAAUCGAGCGAAUUUGUGAACGAGCUAUUCGAGGCGUUGGUCCGAAGGACAGGGACUACGUCGAUCACCAAAACUGAAUUAUUCGAAUUCUGGGAGCAGAUCACCGGGAAUAGUUUUGAUGCUAGGCUGCAAAUCUUUUUUAAUAUGGUGGACAAAAAUUUGGACGGACGUAUUACAGGAGAAGAAGUUAAGGAGAUUAUUGCUUUAAGUGCUUCGGCUAAUCAACUAUCAAAGAUUCAAGAAAAGGUAGAGGAAUAUGCUGCCUUAAUCAUGGAAGAACUUGAUCGGGACAACCUCGGAUAUAUCGAGUUAUACAACUUGGAAACAUUGCUUCUCCAAGUUCCUAGUCCAUCAAACAACGAUCUAUCGUCCCCGAAUAAACGGGCACUCAACAAGAUGUUGAGCCAGAAGCUCAUACCGACAAAAGAGAGUUGCCCAUUGAAAAGAUUUGCUAGGAAUGUAUCAUACUUCUUCUUGGAAAAUUGGAAAAGGUUAUGGGUGUUAACAUUGUGGGUAUCCAUUUGCAUAGCUUUAUUCGCUUGGAAAUUUCUCCAGUACAAACGCAGAGCCGUGUUCGAGGUUUUGGGCUAUUGUGUUUCCGUGGCCAAAGGCAGUGCAGAGACCUUGAAAUUCAACAUGGCUCUCAUUCUCUUGCCUGUUUGUAGGAACACUAUCACUUGGCUAAGGACCAAGUCCAAGCUUGGGUUCGUCGUUCCAUUUGAUGACAAUAUCAAUUUCCACAAGGUUAUUGCGUUUGGGAUCGCGAUUGGAAUAGGCUUACAAUGGCAUGCGAUUUUCCGCGUUUGCUGCAUGCAAAAAAUGGACGGAUGGGUGGACCGGAGUCACUAUGUUGGUCCUAAUGGUGGUGGCUUAUAUUUUCGCACAAUCGUGGUUCCGACGCAACCGAGCCAAGCUAGAAAAAGGCUGAAACGCUUGACCGGUUUCAACGCGUUUUGGUACUCACGCCAUUUAUUUGUCAUCGUUUAUGUGCUUCUCCUUGUGCAUGGCUAUUUUAUUUAUCUCUCCAAGGAAUGGUACGAAAAAACGACUUGGAUGUAUCUGGCUGUUCCUACGCUACUGUAUGCGUGUGAACGAUUGAUUCGUGCAUUUAGAUCAGGUUCCAAGGCUGUAAAUAUUUUGAAGGUUGGACUAUAUCGAGGAAAUGUACUUUCACUUUACAUGUCAAACCCUAAAGGGUUCAAGUACACGAGUGGGCAGUACAUAUAUGUUAACUGUGCUGAAGUCUCACCAUUACAAUGGCAUCCUUUUUCGAUUACUUCGGCUUCAGGGGACGAUUACCUCAGCAUUCAUAUCCGCACACUCGGAGACUGGACAUCGCAACUCAAAUCCUUAUUUUCCAAGGUUUGUCAACCUCCUUCAACAAGUCAAAGUGGACUCUUCAUAACUGAUAUAGGUUUCCAAGGCUUCUUGAUCGAUGGACCAUAUGGUGCACCGGCACAAGAGUACCGAAACUACGAUGUAUUGCUUCUAGUAGGUCUAGGGAUCGGAGCGACACCAUUAAUCAGCAUAAUCAGGGAUCUACUUAACAACAUCAAGAACCAAAAAUCUAUCGAACAAGGCACAAACCAGAAUGCUCGUCCAAGCAACAUAAAAAAAUAUGUUGCCACAAAACGAGCUUAUUUCUAUUGGGCAACAAGAGAGCAAGGGUCAUUAGAAUGGUUCAGUGAGGACAUGAACGAGGUAGCUGAGUAUGAUAGUGAGGGGAUCAUUGAGCUACAUAAUUAUUGCACGAGCGUGUAUGAGGAAGGAGACGCGAGGUCAGCACUAAUCACGAUGUUGCAGUCAUUGCAUCACGCCAAGAACGGCAUAGACAUUGUGUCAGGUACUCGGGUCAGGACACAUUUCGCCCGACCCGAUUGGCGCAGCGUCUUCAAGCAUGUAGCUGUAAACCACGUCAAUCAACGAGUUGGGGUUUUCUACUGCGGUAAACCAUGCAUCAUAGGAGAAUUGAAGAGAUUGGCCCAAGAUUUCUCUAGGAAAACUAGUACCAAAUUUGAUUUCCACAAGGAGAAUUUUUAA